AUGGCAGUGCUAGGUGCCGAUGAGGAGCGGCAGUUAUUUGCUGCAGACGCCGUCAAGGCUAUCAUGAACUGGCCUCCGGGGUACUCUGUGGACGUUGCAGAUUGGGUGACGGAGACCAAAGAGGCCUUUGCGCGCCCCGUUGUCCACUUUUCAGGCGAAUACAUUUCUGUGCCUUCUGCAGCUCGGGAGGCGCAGCAGGGCUGCUACAGCGGAAGGGAGCUGCAGCGAACAGCGUGGGCCCCUGCAGCAGCGAGGUGGGGCCCCGGGAGCCCUGGGCUGUUCACUGAGGCCCUUGUGCGCUCUACGGACCCCACAUGUGCUUCUGGGCGUGACGUAGUGCCCGGGCACUGCACCCAGGCAGCAGGAGGCCAAAGCCUUUCCCAGCAGCAGCAGCAGCUGCGGCAAUGGCAGCAGCAGCAGCAGCAGCAGUUUCGGGCUCUGCCGAGUAACAGGGAGGAGCUCAGCGCCACGGCAGCAACAACAGCCACUUGGCGGCGCCGACAGCCGCGGCCAAAACGAGCUACGGCUGAGCCCGGUGCAGAGCAAGACUGCCGGAGCAAUUCGCCAGCCAGCCGCCGCGGGCACUCCACGGAAGCCUCCGCGGGCUGUGGGCCCCGGCGGCCAGGCAAGUCCAACUGGGGGGGGAUCCCAGUGACAGGGCCAGGGCCCCGGCCGGCGCUGCGGCUGCGGAGAAGCCAGUCACAGCUUUGCGAAAAUGGCUGGACAGGGCAAGUAGAGGCAGAGGGUGCAGCACUUGGGGAGAGAAGCAGUGGGCAGCAAGCGGGGGGCGCGAGCGCGGGCCAGGCGCCGUCUGCUGCUGUCGUGACUUCCUGCCAGCAGCUGCUGCAGCGACAAAAAGUAGUGCUGCAGCAGCAGUACAAGCAGAUGAGCCAGCUCAAUCAGCAGCUGCAGGAACUCGAGCAAGCGCUCAGUGCUCUGCAGAUGCAAGGCAGUGCGGACAACCCACAGCGACACGCGCCUCGGCAGCCGCCGCUGCAGCAGCAGCAGCAGCAGCAGCAGCAGGCUGUAGCACAAUGCCAGUCAGGCUCAGAAUUAGCCCUGUCGGACCUGCAGCCUUUUGAGUAUGAAGCUGAGGACGGCUCCAUCUGCUGGAGCCUUGACCCCCGCGACUACAGGCGCAUGCCUGCUGACGCCUUAAGUUGGAUCCCGCCAGCUGGCAUUCCGUCCCGGUAUUCGGGCCGUUAG